AUGGCCAAAACACCCGUGUCGCCAAUCAAAGGACUACCUGUAUGCCAGGAUGCAAGUGGAUGCCCUGCAAUUCAUAAAAAAGUUGGGAAAAACAAAUACAUAUGUGCGGCCAACUUUUUUUUCCGUAUUGAGGCCUUCGUUAAAUUUCCAGCCAGCGAAAUAAGAAAAUAUAACGGAUAUAUAUUGCUUGUGCAACGAGUUGAUGGAGUUGCCAUGUAAGUGAUAUUUUAUUUGUCUAUAUAUUAUUCGUUAGUUUAUCACAUUUAACACAGAUAUAUAAUGACAUCAUUUGUUCGUGAAACACAAUACUGAUUUCAUGUUAUAAUUGUUUGCAUUUCAUUAAUAGGGAGUGCUACGUAACUGUCUCUGAAAUGGAGUCCGUCAAAACCUUUAAAGCCAUUAAUCGCACUUUUGCAGAGAAAGGUGGUGUUAUCUGGCAAGGCAUCAAUGAAAUACAGCUAUCCACGUAUAUCAUGGACAAGUUGAAGGAGUUUUCGCAAUCCCCAGAUGCAACAAGGCUACACGAAUCGCUAAUUAUUGGAAGUCAACCAAACUUCAAGACAAUCGAUGUCAAUGGGGAUUUUGUGGAUGACCCGGAUAAUGACCCAGGAAUUGAAAUGGAUGGAAAUGUUUAA